AUGCAACGACUCACCGUAGCAAAAUCAUCUCUCCGGCCUCGCGUCGUCUUCUCCGGCAUCCAGCCCACCGGAGUGCCGCAUCUCGGCAACUAUGUCGGCGCCCUCAGGCAAUGGGUCAACCUGCAGCACGAGGAACAAGCCUCGACUAAGCUCAUCUACUCCAUCGUCGACCUCCAUGCCAUCACCGUGCCGCAGCAGCCCGAGACGCUGAGGCAGCGCAAGAGAGAAGUCCUGGCCGCCCUCCUUGCCAUUGGCCUGGAUCCUGAGCGAUGCACCAUCUUCUACCAAUCUUCCAGCAAGCUCAGCCUGUCCUCUUCCUCAACGCUGGAGAACAAAUCCGUCGGCUCUAAGCUGAAGCUGGGCUUGUUUUCGUAUCCCGUGCUGCAGGCUGCUGACAUCCUCGUCCACCGGGCUACUCAUGUGCCCGUCGGCCAUGACCAGCAGCAGCACCUGGAGUUUGCGCGUGAAUGUGUCACAAACUUCAACCAUGCGUAUGGAAGCCAUCUCGUCCACCCGGAGACCAUCGUCUGUAUGCUUGAUUGCCAUGAACCCCCUUUCCCCUUUCCCCUUUCCUCUUACUCAACAGCCAAGCUCACUGAAAGAACAGCCCCCGCCCAGCGCAUCAUGUCCUUGACGGAACCCACAAGUAAAAUGUCAAAGUCUCACGAGGCACAGCGGUCGAGAAUCUUAAUCACCGAUUCGCCACAGGAUAUUCGCUCCAAGAUUGCCACCGCCCUGACAGACUCAACCCCGGGAAUCUCCUAUGACCCCGCUACACGCCCAGGCAUCUCCAACUUGCUGGAAAUCUUCUCAGUCUUUGAUUCGGAAAGGCGCAGUCCGGCUCAGUUCGCUCAAGCAUAUGCUGAUGCAUCACCCAAAAUCUUCAAAGAAGCAGUCGCAGAUGCACUCGUGACUGGCUUACAAGGCAUUCGGGAUCGAUAUCUCGAUCUAAGCGCAAACGAUUCGUACCUUGACAAGAUAGAGCAACACGGUGCACGCAAGGCCCAAGAGAGUGCAAAGGAAACCAUGGACAUUGUGAAAACUGCAGUUGGGCUGUAA